AUGGGAAACAACCCGAAGAAAGAACCUCACGCUCCCAAAGUAGCAGUGAAUUUUCCGAAGACUCUUGACUGCAUGAAGAACUUCUGUACCUAUAACAACGAUAGGAAAUACAGCAUCUAUGGUAUAUGUGCCCACGAAGGAACCAUGAACUUUGGCCACUGUGUCUCAGUCUGUAGACAAAGUGCACAAGGACAAGCCAGUGAAGAAGGCCGUGCAAGACAGUGGCACUUGUGCAACGAUGAAAACAUUUUUCCCAAAGUGGAUCAUAGUGUUAUAAGGAAUGAAAAUGCUCACAUUCUCUUCUACGAGGCCGUGUAAAAUUCUGUUGUUUCAGUUUUACAUGUAAUGUUUUAUUUUAUUAUUAUUAUCAUUAUUAUUAUUAUUAUUAUUAUUAUUAUUAUAUUAUUAUUAUUAUUAUAUUAUUAUCGUUCUUAUUAUUAUCAUUAUUAUAAGAUAUUUAAUGUUUCAAUCAUCUUAUUCCUCUUCUUUGCUUUCCCUCCAUUCCGUUUCGAAGACUGCUGUAUGUAACCAAGAUUUUAUUUUUAUGCGGUGCAAUUUUGCUUUCCUUUCUGUAUUUCACUUCUAUUUUCUCUCUUGCCAUUUCUCUCCAUUCUUGUCGUUUGAUAAUUCAUAUUCCUUGCAUAUCACCCGGCCUCAUCUUCCUCUUUUGGGCGUUUAAGAGGCACAAGGAGAAGCCAGUUUUAAGCAGAGGUUCAUUAAGGCCGAGAAUGUCCAGCGCCCAGCCCCGAAUUGGCCCCUACGACCAAACCCAAGAAGGAAGGAACCUCGCGAGUCCUACAGAACCCACGUCCGGCUGUUUAGGUGUAAUCACAUUCAUCCCUAAAAUUAAAGGGGUGGUCUUACAGGGUCGCGGGACUCCUUAAACCCCAAAAUUCAAGGGUUACCCUGUAUCUCCUUCCGUCUCUUAGACAUGGAGGGAUGCGUUUUGUGUGUUCACCUGCUUUUGUGAAACCUUGUGAAACCUUGUCUAUUAAUAAGAACCAGGUAUGUUCAUGUUUGUUGGUAAACAUGAUUUGUUUCAGUACUUUUACUACUUUCUUUUCGAUUUUUAAAGUAAAUAUGGCACUAAUCAAAGAUUGUACGAUUAUUUAACGAUUAAAUUAUUCACAAAC